AUGCUGUCUUACAGUAACACUGAGCAGGCCAGGCUCUUCCUCACGCGCUCCAGUCCUUUGUCCCUCUACCAGUCCAUCCAAUACCAUUCCAAAACAAUCUACCUCUGCUGGCACCAUCUGACUGAUGCCGUCAGAGAGGGAAGAACCCAGUAUGAAAAGGCUUUUGGAGUCAGCUCUGGAGACCUGUUUGACGCAAUCUACAGGUCUGAUGAGGAAAUGGUGACAUUUAUGCAGUUAAUGCACUCCAUCUGGAACAUCUGUGGUAAGGAUGUGGUCACAGCCUUUGACCUUUCCCCUUUCAAAGUCAUCUGCGACCUUGGAGGCUGCAGCGGGGCAUUAGCCAAGCACUGCACGUCAGCCUACCCAGAAUGCACUGUGACAAUCUUUGACCUCCCCAAGGUGGUGCACAUGUCGAAGGAACACUUUAUCAAGGAUGACCAGAGGAUAAGCUUUCAUGAAGGGGACUUCUUCAAAGACUCUCUACCAGAAGCUGAACUCUAUAUUCUGGCAAGAAUCCUCCAUGACUGGACAGACGAACGCUGCGUAGAGCUACUCCAGAGAAUCUAUAAAGCCUGCAAACCAGGAGGUGCUGUGCUGGUGGUGGAGGCGCUGCUCAGUGAGGACGGUUCUGGCCCGCUUACAGCUCAGCUUUACUCCCUGAACAUGCUGGUGCAGACGGAGGGCAGAGAGAGGACAGAUGUUCAGUAUGCUGCCCUGUUGACUGCUGCCGGAUUCACCAACAUCCGGCACUGCCUCACUGGGAAGAUCUAUGAUGCGGUGCUGGGACACAAAAAGGCAUAAGAUGAAGAAAAAUGGAUGCUGUACCAGGAGUGAAGCCUCACAUCACCUAUGGGGGGGAGAAAAAAAAUCACAUUCCUUUCCUGUGUGUUUUCACUUUUCCCAUGAAAUUUCAAAAUAAAUUCUUCAGCAUGACUACAGCGUCCCAUUUCUGAUUGCAUAAUCAAAGGUUUGACUCUAGAUAUUU